AAAAGCUUUCGUGUCUCUGUUCUUCGCUUCACAGUUGUGUGUCUCUCUUGCUUUGACACCUGGGGUGCUGCUCAGCAAUCGUGUCUAUGAAUCUAUGAUACCUCACUCCACCGAGAGGUAGAUAGACAGAGAGCUUCAGUUUGAGAGAGAAAUAGCGCGAGAGAAAGAGAGAGUGAGAGAGAGAGAGAGAGCUCCAAGCUGCGUUCUAUCUAUCUGGGGAUAGAGAGAGAGAGUUUGAGACUGAAGAAGAGGGAGACGGGAAGAAGUUGAUGGUCGAUUCGAACAGAAAUUGAGUGAACUGAUCAUCGUCCUGAGUUUGGCUUUGAUAGUUUAUUCUAAUCGAUUGCCAUUUAAAGUGGUCUGUGCUUUGGGUUCAUCUGUUUCUUUUGCAUUGCCUUUGUUAUAGAUUUUGUGUUCACAUCGAACAGAGCCUGCAACGGCACGAAUGGGUUUUCUUCUCUGAAUUUCUUGACUGCCAAUUCUAAUCCCCUUAACAGUGGUUUUAUGCAAAGGAGUAUCUGGAUUGUUCUUUUGCCGCUGUUUCUGGUUUUGUUAAUUGCUGUUAGUUGGGUGUCCUGUUGUGAUUCAGCAGAUAUUGGGAACAGUGUGCGAUCAAAUUUUGGAAGUGCUUUGAAUUCAGUCUAUAAAAGGUCAAGCACUAAGAUACGAAAGAGAAGACAACAAAUCAGUUUGGGUUCGUUCUGGAAAAGACCGGUUAAGGAGCUUGAUGAUGCAGCAGUCAAAGUUCAGAAAGUUUUGUAUAUCGAACUCGAAGAAACCUUGCAGAUCGUGCAGUGGUGGCUGAGGAGGUUCUCCAGCUGGGACUAAAGAGCUAUGAUUCUGCAGCUCUCAAGCAGAGUUCUGUGACAUUCUUCGAUGUUGAGAAGCCGGAAACUGCCUCUUUGUGGUGGGCAAGGGCUAGGACUAGGCUG